AUGAUGGGAGUGGCUGGACCUGGAGAACGGCACGAAGGUGAUAAGCCGAACGGGGGCGGUGCACUUUUAGGGGGCGAUGAUGAUGGUGACGACGAUGACGAUGAUGAAGGUGAUGUCGGCGAUAUAGAUCAUUUGUCGGAAAGCACAGUUGUAAUGCCAUCCAAGCAAGAACCACCGCCCGAUUACGGAUCGCUUUUAGGAUCUAUUUGCGCACCGCCUUAUCUCGAAAAAAAUUAUGAGCAACAAUUAGAUUUCAUAUUCAAUCUGUUUACGCCUCCCUUCCAAAUCAUCUACAUCUGCUGCGAUCACGCUGACGUUAUUUCAAGGCGCAACGCAAACAGAUUCGACAUUUAUAACGGAGUGAUCGUAAACAAGCAAGACGAGGAGAUGGAACAGAUGUUUUUCGACAAUGUCUAUUUCCCUUUGAACCAGGAGGAUGUUCCGGAAGAUAUCUUUGCAGCUACCAAGCUGCGUCUCUUCAAUUAUCAAUCGACUUUUCCUCAGCAUUUAUUGAGGUUGCCCAGUGAUUUUCCUGCUAACGUUUCCGUUCAGUUGGGACGCUACUACACGUCUGCAAUGCCGAUAAUGGAGUGCUACAUUUUAGCCCACGACCCUGAAUAUUAUCUAAGAGUAGACGGACGUUUGACUCCUAGUGCAAUGUUCAGCGCAAUCAAAACGCGGAUUCGGAUAAUGCCGUUCCAGAAAGUAAUAGUUCCUGAAAAGAUUAUACAGCCUGAAUUGUAUUUUGGUGGCGAAAACGAACCAAUACCAGACGACGAAGAUUUCAAAGGUAUGACUCCUGAAGAUGUCUAUGACGAUUUUCGAAAAAGGAGGAUUGUAGCGCCUCUAUACAAGUGGACGUGGUCCGAUUGGAACUCGAAAUGUCCUGUUGCAAUGAAAGAGAGUGAAAUUAAAGAUGGUACAGCCGACCUUGCCGUGCAUUUCUUUAACAAGCUUUUCUUCUUGUCCACCGAGGACGCGGUGACGAAAUUCACCAGAAACCCGCGUCCUUUUCUUCUACCACCGUAUCCGAAACCGAGCUGCAGGAUAUUCGUAAUGGGUCCAAAAUGUUCUGAAUGCCACCGAAAAAGAACCUCGAACCCGAAAUCAAACCGAUGA